AUAAGUUGUCAAAGUUUGUCGUCUGGUACGAAUUUUUCUUUCGGAGUGAGGUAGUAAACUAGCACGAUGCUGACGUGGGAAGCUGUAAUAAAUAAUUAAUGUUUACUUCUUAAAAUGAGCUAUUAUUUACUUGUAACUCUAUUUGAAUUAUAAUAGUUCUUUGACGUUUCAUUUAAUUUAUUUUUACACAUUAAAAUGUCCCGAUUUCUUCGCAUUUAGCAUGGCAAGUGAUUCCCAAACUAGAGAAAUUUUGCAUGUAGUUUUGUUAUGUAUCAUCUGGUAUUGUGUUAGUUCAGGUAAUGGUGUUAUUUUAAAAACCAUCCUAAAUGAUUUCCCAUAUCCUACUACCGUUACAAUGGUACAGUUACUGACUGCUACUGUACUUUCUGGACCGUUAUUUUCUGUUCUUGGUGUGAGAACUAAUGUGGAAAUCAGUCGCUCAUAUUAUUGGAAACUUAUCGUGCCUUUGGCAUUUGGUAAGUUUUUUUCAUCAGUUUCAACCCACGUCAGUAUCUGGAAAGUGCCUGUUUCUUAUGCGCAUACUGUUAAAGCCACUAUGCCAUUAUUUACAGUUAUAUUGUCUAGAAUAAUUCUAGGAGAAAAACAAACUUUGAAAGUUUAUUUUUCCUUAAUCCCAAUUGUAAUUGGUGUUGUCAUAGCAACAGCAUCUGAGAUAUCUUUUAAUGUUGUUGGUUUGAUUAGUGCACUUUUAGCUACAAUGGGAUUUUCUCUUCAACAUAUCUUUUCUAAAAAGGUCCUAAAUGAAACGAAAAUUCAUCAUUUACGAUUGUUGUAUGUGCUUGCUAGACUGGCUCUUUUAUUCUUUUUGCCAGUUUGGGUUAUGUAUGAUUUGACUACCAUCAUUUAUGAUGAAAAUUUGUUUCAACAAAAAAAUCAGGGAAGAAUUUAUUUCUUAUUGUUUGCAGAUGGGUUGUGCAAUUAUGCCCAAAACAUUGUGGCCUUUAGUAUUAUUUCCUUAGUCUCUCCUCUAACUUAUUCAGUGUGCAACACAGCCAAAAGGAUAUCUGUUAUAGCUGUUUCUCUAAUUCUAUUGGGUAAUCCGGUGACUGCAGUGAACUUUUUUGGCAUGAUGUUGGCCAUAUUUGGAGUUCUUGUGUACAAUAAAGCAAAAUAUGAUGCAAAUCAAGAAAAGGUAAAAGCAACAACUCUUCCCUUUGUAAAGCAGAAUGAUACUAAUUUACUUUUGAAGUAUGACAACUAUUAUGAUCCUGUGAUAACUAAGGUAUACCCACUAGAGAUGCCUAAGCAAAAUGGAUAUGUUCGUUUGCACCAAAUGAUGAAUGGCUCACCGAACCUACAAAAUAUAUGAUAAAAUCUACACUUAUUUAUUUUGCAUUUAAGUUGAUAAUUUUUAUGAACCCUAAAGUGAGUUAUUAUUGAUUUUUAGUUUGCAAAUUUUGUUUUUGUUUGCUUAUGAAUGUUAAUUCAUCUAGUACAUUCAUUCAAUUUGCUUCCUUCUGUUAAAUAUAGUCUCAAAAUUGAUUUGUCAAAUUAUUCGAAUAAAUAAAAUCAUACAAUGUGUUUUACCAGAACUGAUUAAUAAAUAACUGUUAAAUGUUUUUGCGGGAUAUUUGUUUAUUAUUUUUUUUUUUUUGAUAAUUUGUUUAAAAAUUAGACAGCAAAAAAAGAGCAAAAAAAUUUGCAAAUUCUCAUUAAAAAUUUUAACUUUUUGAAUCUUUACAAUUAGAAUGGCUUAGUAAGGAACUAAAUUAAAGCAUAGUAAUUUGUAAAUGAUGUAAAAAGAAAUUAAUCUAUUGAUAAAUAACUAAACAUUUAUUGAACAGGUUACAAUUUAUUUUUUUAGUUUCAAGAAAAUCAAGUUGCUAUUGUAAUACUUUAAUAACUUAAAACGUUUAACAGGUUAAGGGUUUUUUACAUCAAGAAACUGAUUCUCAGUGUUAUUCAAUGGGAAAAUUUCAACCCACUUUUUCCUAGGGGUUCAGUGCUUGAAGGGUCAAUAUGAAUUAGAAUGAAUUAAUGUAAACUGUUGCUAAGAAAAACCCUAAUCUCUAAUAUCUAUUUUAGCAAAUUAUUUUUUCAAAUUUCUUUGUUCUUUAUUACCAGAGUCAGACUUACUAAUUAAGGCUAUUUUUUUUACCUCAAUGAGCAAAUUUUAUUAUAAAUACUAACUGUAGUAUUUGUGUUUUAUUUGAUGUUAUGCAUAUUUAUCUUUUCUUUUUUUUUAUUUAUUCAUUUAAUUUAAGCAACAACAAAAAAUUUUAUAGUUUUUCUUUAACUCCAUUCAUUACCAAAAGAUACAUGUGUAACAUUUAGUUGGUUAUUAUAAACAGAACCUGGGUCCUGUAGGCUUGGGAGAUAAACUAACUAUCUUGAAUAAAUACAGUGUUUCAAAAGCAACAACUUGUUUCUAGAGAUAUGAGCUUUAUUUGCAUUACUUGUCAGCCAUGUGUCAAAACUCCAUCACAUUUCCUUGGAGUAUGACUCUGCAUGUCAGCGCACAGAUACCAUUGUUCAGAUCAGUUAUGUGAAAUACACAAAGUAAAAUGUGCAGAAGUCCCCAUCUUGCUAGAAAAUUACGAAAAA